AUGCCCCUCCGCUCCAGCUCCUCCCGCCCGAACCUCCGCCCCACCUUCUCAGCCAGCAGCUUCGCCGACUCCGCAUCCCCGGGCUCGUCGCUGAGCUCACCCGCGCUCAAUGCGAUGACCGACAUCACUCCGCUGCCCUCCCCGCUCGUCGGCGAAGAAGGGGCCGGGUCGCCGAAUCCCUGGCGCCGCGCCUCGGCGACGAUGACGAUGUCAGGGUCUCGUCCCGGAUCGCGUGGUUCCGCCAGCGCCAUCGUACCAGGGACGGAGGCCACAGCCGCGUCCAUGGAGACCACCCAUCCCGCACCGUCAAGUUCGACGCAUGCAAAUAGCAAGAACCUCCCGUUCCCCACCCGAUCAUCGCCAUCGCGGAAGAAAAAGGGAUAUCAGAGCCUCAUGCCGACCACGGUGGAGACGCACGGCACCCCGACCGUAGCACGGAGAGAGGCUAGCCCCGGCCAUAGCCGAAGUCGCAGCGUCAGCGACUACGUCCCCGAACCGCUGCACAAUUCUCGCCCGCGAAACGUCACCAUAUCGAGCUCCUCCAUCGACGCAUCCCAAGGCGCCCUCCAGCGCGAGGCCUACCUCGCCGACAAGCGCGGAUUCACCUCCGCUCCCGCUCCCGCGCCCACGCUCCCUACCCCCCCACCCAGCAACCGCUCCGUCACCGAGUCCGACGGCGAGGAACCCGCGCUGCAGGAGGCGGAGCCGGCGGGAGAGACGUUCACGAUCCACGCGGGCCCGCAGCGGAAGCCGAUCACGUACCGGCCGAUCCGGCCGCUGGGGCAGGGGACGUUCAGCAAGGUGGUGCUGGCGACGAGCGAGGCGGCGGCGGAUGUGCGGGCGCGGCGGGAAAGGGCGGGGCCGACGGCGGUAUCGCCGCGGGCGCCGGAGGAGCCGGGGUACGAUCCGGGACGGUUGGUGGCGCUGAAGAUCGUAGCACACGGGCCGGCGGGCGGGGCGGAUGAGGAGCGGGUGGAGUUGGGGUUGAAGCGGGAGGUGGAGAUCUUGAAGAGCAUUCGGCAUCCGAGCUUGGUAAAUUUGCGGGCGUUCGAUCUGGAGCGGGGGGAUAAGCAGGCGUUGUUGGUGCUAGAGUACUGUCCCGGGGGCGACCUGUUCGAGUUGGCAAGCAAGAAUCUGGAGGUGUUUACGGGGGGGGUGGCGCGGAGGAUAUUUGCGGAGCUGGUGGGCGCGGUGCGGUAUUUACACAGCAAGUGGAUUGUACAUCGGGAUAUCAAGUUAGAGAACAUUCUCCUAAACUACCCCGCGUCCUUCAUCUCUCACCUCCCCUCCCCCACAUCCCACCCCUACCCCCUCAUCACCCUCACCGACCUCGGCCUCUCCCGCUCCAUUCCCUCGCCCCCCCACUCCCCCUUCCUUACCACCCGCUGCGGCUCCGAAGACUACGCGGCCCCGGAAAUCCUCCUCGGCCAACCGUACGACGGCCGCGCCACCGACGCCUGGGCCGCCGGUGUUGUCCUCUACACUCUCAUCGAAGGCCGCCUGCCCUUCGAUCCGCCCGCCGGUGGGAAAUCACGCGGCAGAAGUAAGGCAGCGCACCGGAUCGCGCGGUGCGAGUGGGGUUGGUGGCGGUUUGGGGACGAGGAUGGGAAUUGGGUGGAGCGGGGGGAGGGAGCGGAGGAGGGUCAGUGGAGGGGGGCGAGGCGGGUGGUGGGGGCGCUGCUGAAGAAGGCGAGUCGGGGGCGGUUGAGUCUGGAUGAAGUGGCGGUGAUGGAGUGGGUGCACGGUGGGAUUGACGUGAAAGGCGGGUUGACGAGGGAAUAUAUUGGGGAAGAGGAGAUGAUGGAGGGGCGAGCGGGGGAGGUGAGGUUGAUGGGGGAACUGGGGGAGUUGGAGAGUCCGACGUUGAAGGACGAAGAUGAGGACAUGCAAGAUCCUGAUCGGUGA